UGAAAUAGAAUUCACACCAGUUGAAUUAGCAUUUAUAAAUAAUGAAGAUAAAAAUGCACUAGAAAUUAAUACAAAAAAGAGGAUUGUAAAUCAAGGAUUGGGUCUUCCCAAAGUUAUUGAAUUGUCCUUCAAUGAAUUCAUGGGACCAUCUCCUAUUGUUGAUGAAAUUUGUUCAAGUCCAGCAAUAAAACUGACUUCGUUCCCUUUGACCAUACAAGAGAACUUGAUACCUUAUUUGACACAACAUGCCGAUUCUGUUACAUUGAUAUCUUAUACAAAUUGUGAUGAAUGCAUCAGGAACAAUGAACCUUGUUUAGAACAAUUGACUGAGGAAUCAAAAAUCAAUAUUCAGCAAGAUGCAUAUGUUAAAAUAACGACAAGGGCUUUUAAAAGCCAGAAUGAAAAAGGAAACAAUCAAGUUGAAUUGUCAGAAAUGAUGAUUUGUGAUUCUUUGCGAGAAAGAAUGGGUAUUACAUCUCAAAUUUCUGAUGGUGGAAAUUAUUUCCAUGUUUCUGAUGAAGAACUUGGUGGUACUUGUUAUGAAAGCCUUAAUCAUUCUUCCAGAAUCCAUGUGAUGAAGAAAAAAUGCAGAAAAAAACAUUGCUUUUCAAAUCAAACCAAACCAGAUAAGACAUUGGUAAAGCCAAAGACUAAGUUUUUCAGACAGAGUUCUGAGAGACAGAAAAUGUUUAAUUAUGAAGAGAAAAAUGCAGAGUUAAUUAGGCAAGACAUUGUUUUUGUUGGGCCAACUGAAGAACUGCAAAACACAGCCAUAGAUCAAAAGUCAUUGAUGCAUGAAAUGUCUGACAAUCCUAAAGGUAAUCAGCAUUCUUCACAGGGUUCCACACUGCAUAGUACAGGAUGUCAAGUUCUGCCAAGUGAGGAUUCUCCAUUUGCAACAUAUAAAGACUUUGAAGAUUCAUCAACAGAAAAGCUUAACACUUAGUCACCAGAGAAGAUGAUGGUGGCUCCUGUUGAUAAGGAAUGGUUACUAUACAUGUAGUAUUUCACUUACUUAAAUAAACAUCAUUA